GUGAUACCUAGUAGUUUGUAACUAUCACCAGAUUCACCACCUCAUUCCAGUGCAUCAACUUUGGCGGGGUGCUCGCUUCCCUCUUUGGUGGCACGAAGUACUGUACGUACCUCUGUUUUCAUCAAGAGACCCCAGCAUCCCCGCAACCUUCAACCACGAACCAAACAAACAACUGAACCUUGACACUGGGCGCGCGCCACCAAGGGCGAAAAAAAGAAAAAAAAAAGAAAAAAGAAAAAAGGAAGCUGAGGCCAAAGGAUAACGCGACACAAGAAUCAAUUGGAUCAUCGGCCUUCAGAACGAAAAUUUUCUUACCGACAAAAGACAAAACCAAUUGACCAACAAAAAUUUCCCAUUACGCGAUUCGGACGUGACAGGAAAACGACAACCCCGACGGCGGGACCCGAUUUCCCAUGGCCGUCGUAGCGGCAGCGCCCAUGGCACCUAUGACGACCAGCACGCGCUCCAGCAAGAGGGCGGCUGCUAGUGGCAAUAGGGGUGAGAUGGGCAGCGAGAGAGGCCGUGGCCGCGCCCGCGGCCAGGCCGACCAGCAGGCCCAACCCAUCAAUAUCUAUCCCGCGUCUUCUCAUCCUCGUCGCACGAAGCGUCAUUCGAACACCGUCGAUGGCGAAUUGGGCGGUCCGGCUCCGAAACGAUCCCGAACGGACGCGCAGAUCAUCCUCGAGACCCGCGUUUCGAACCCCGACGCGACGGAGACGGAGAACGAGGUUCCGAAAGCUGUGCCUGGCACCAGGUCUACUACCAUCGACGCCGACGCGGUUGUUACUCUGGGUCCGCAGUCGCAACCACAGUCGCGACCGCAACCGCAACCGCAACCGCAACCGCAACCGCAACCGCAACCACGACAACAACCGCAACCACGGCAACAACCGCAACCACGACAACAACACCACCAUCCUCCCGAUCCACGUCACCACGAACCCGCGUCAAGUGUACCGCUCGCCGAUGUGCGCCCUGCCAACACCACGGCCUCACCACGCAGCACCCGGGCCCCUUCGGCGGGCAGCAACAACACUUCGUCCCGGUCUCGGUUGACCAAGCACCAGGCCAAGGUGGUCGACGGGAUACGUCACGAACUGGAUCGCCUGCAGCCCGGCGAGAGCAGCGACGCGAAAGAGAAGGAGCAGCGAGGCGGCCGCAAGCUACGGUCCCAAGAGGCCACCCGCUUCAAGAGCGAGCUGUCGGCUUACUUCCCGGACUAUGAUGAGGUCAUCGGCAACGACCCCAAGGAACAGCACCUCUUGAACAUCGAUACCCCGAUUGUUGUCGUCGAUUCGUUCCCACGCUAUUACCAAGGCCAAGUGGUGGCGCCGCUCUUCACCCCAUCCCCAGCCGAUCCAACGCCAGCCCCUCCGCACCAGUACCUCCAACAUGGGGAAUACCCGAUCCGCGGAUACGGGGACGCUCUCUACGAAGACCUCUUCGACUCGCAGCGCAUAGACUUCGACUUCCUCGGAAAUAGCUACAAGGGCAAGACGCUGAACUCAGAUCCCCUUCCGGACGAGUCGUACAUUCCGGUGCAUAAAAAGGCCGCGAGGAUCGAGCGGUCCAUACGGAAUACGGAGAGGGGCCGCGCGCAGCAUGAGAGGGACCAGAUCGUCCGGCUGCUGGACGGGCUUCAGGGCCACGACUGGCUGAGGAUCAUGGGCGUGAGCGGUGUCACCGAGAGUAAGAAGAGGACGUUCGAGCCGGCGAGAGACCACUUCAUCAAGGGGUGCGAGGCCAUUCUGGACAAGUUUCGCCAGUGGAGUCGGGAAGAGAAGCGGCGCAAGGCCCUGAAGGAGCGUGCGCUUGCCGAGGCUGAGAAGGGGGACGCCUCGCACUCGGGGGACGAUGGGGUUGCGAGGGAGGGUGGAGGCCGGGGGGGUCGGCGAAGAACCGAAGUGGCCGAUAGCGACGAGGAGGUUGAAGAGGAGGGGGAGGAUGGAGGAAGAGGAGGAGGAGAAGAAGAAGAAGAAGAAGAAGGAGAUGAUGACGAAGAAAAACAUGACGUCUCGGAGAGGGGCGAGCCGGCUGACGAAAACGACGUCGAAGCCUCCGUCGCCAAGCAGCUCCGUGAGGAAGCAGCGGCAAGGUUGAGAACACCUGUCGCCAAAGCGACCACUCGGAGGCGGCCGCGUGUUGUCAUUGCUAGCUCUGCUCCUGCGGCGGUGGCAACGGCGGACAAGGCACCUCAGGCGGCGAGGCCCACGCCCACGCCCACGCCCACGCCCACGCCCACGCCCACGCCUCCUCCUCCGCCGCCGCCGCCGCCGCGCGAGUUCAAGUCGUUUUUCAAAAAGAAGCACGAGCGCGAUGCGGCGCUGAAUAAGCACCGUCGCGCUGGCCGCCGCGUCUUAGCUUGGGGGGAGCCGAUUCCGGAUAUGGGCGAGUAUGAGUUUCAGCUGCCGGAGGAGUUGAUGGACGAGGAGCUCCUGAAGGCGAGGGCCCGGAAGAGACGCCGGGAGCUGAGAAGCCGGCCGUGAAGAGAUUUGACGGUGCUGCAUUUUUUGUUUCUCUUCUCUUCUUUGUUUUAUUUCGGAAGCAUGGUAUUAUUGUUGUACAAUUGGGAUUCUGGUCAUUGGAAGGGAAGGGAAGGGAAGGGAUUGGGAGGCAGGCGGGCGUUCAGGUCUUUUUCUUAGCCACACUACGUGGUCUGUACCUUAUUAUAAAGGGUUAUUGUUAUUGGUACGGCAUGGGCAGGAGGUACCAUUGCUACACGUACUAUGCAUGGGUAUCAGGGAUAUGGAAUGGUUCCGGUCCCCUUGUAGCAAUAACAUUUAGACGGCAAAUCUGGAGGGGGAGGGCAAUGGCGACUGCAAUAUCAAGAGAUGCAUGGCAA